AUGUUGUCUAAUAUACCGAUUUUAUUUGUGACACAAACUUUUCUUUUAAAGGGAAUACUAGCACAAUUUCAACCUUUUGGGGCGGCUCGGAAUCUCGCAGACUUAUCUCACAGAAACUUAGCUGGACAGAACAGGCCAUGGAUUCCGCCGUGCAUUUCACUUAACCAAGGCACACCAUAUAAUGCAAUGCCGGAAAAUUCCAUAUCUUUUCCAUCAGCACCAGGCAAUAGUUUUCCAUUUACCACAAUACCUGCUAACAGCAUGGCUAUCAAUCCAAGUCAUAGUUUACCAUUUACCGGAAUUUCUGGAAACGCCAUGUUACCUUUACCAAUCCACAGACUAUCACUUCCACAGAUGAUAAACAGUGGACACUCUAUAAAUCAACCUCUGUUACAGAAUAUAAAUCCUUUUCAUUAUAGAUCUAAUGUCUAUGAUAGUAAUAUGAUGAACUUGAACCCAUGGUUUCCAAGAACUGUCAAUUUUUACGGUCCGUUAUUGAAUACUUAUCAAGUUUUGACGUUGAAUAAUCUUUUGGGAAACAUUCCAUACAGUAGUAUUGGAUUUAUUGACGAACAAACACACUUGGCUGGGUUUACUAUACCUUCUACUCUUACUAUUAUAAAAAAUCCACACAUUAACGAUCUAUCUAUGAACGAUAAUAGAUCGGGCAUAUUGAACAACUUACCGAUUCCUAGAUCGUCUGUAUUAGAUUUUAUAUCUAAUGUAAGACAGGAUCCUUGGAUGUCUCGUAUGUAA